GAUGUGACGAGGCAGAGAUCGAUUUAGUCUUCGUCUUGGACGCCUCCACCAGUGUCACAGAACCUAACUUCCAGCUCAUGAAGGACUUCGUCAAAGAUUUCCUCCUCAUUGCUGACAUCGAUAAUGGCAACGUUCGAGUCGGAGUCGUCAUCUACAGCACUGAGGUCUUCAUCCAGUUCCAGCUGAACACGUACAGGACCAAGGCGGAAGUCUUCACCGCCAUCGAGAACAUCCCUUACCGUCAUGGCAGCACCAACACCGCUGGUGGUCUUCUAGCGAUGAGGUCGCAGAUGUUCACACCUGCCAACGGCGAUCGUGCGAACGUCCCCAACAUCGCCAUCGUGGUGACAGACGGUGUGUCCAACAUCAACUCUCGACGCACCAUCCCUGAAGCCGAACAGGCCAGAGCUGAAGGCAUCCACAUCUACGCCAUCGGUAUCGGUCUGACGGACACCACAGAGUUGGACGGCAUCGCCAGUAAGCCGGUGGACGAGAACCGCUUUGCUGUGCAAGAGUUCAGUGAACUGAGAGUGUUGAGAGACAAGGUGUUCUCAGCGUUUUGUGCUUUACCAACUUCUAAAGCUCCACCACCACCUCGAAUUACCCUUCCUCCUAUUAAAAAAGGAUGUGACGAGGCAGAGAUCGAUCUAGUGUUUGUCCUGGACGCCUCCACCAGUGUCACAGAACCUAACUUCCAGCUCAUGAAGGACUUCGUCAAAGAUUUCCUCCUCAUCGCUGACAUCGAUAACGGCAACGUUAGAGUCGGAGUCGUCAUCUACAGCACUGAGGUCUUCAUCCAGUUCCAGCUCAACUCUUACAGCACCAAGGCAGAAGUCUUCACCGCCAUCGAGAACAUCCCUUAUCGCCAUGGCAGCACCAACACCGCUGGUGGUCUCCAAGCGAUGAGGUCGCAGAUGUUCACACCUGCCAACGGCGAUCGUGCGAACGUCCCCAACAUCGCCAUCGUGGUGACAGACGGUGUGUCCAACAUCAACUCUCGACGCACCAUCCCUGAAGCCGAACAGGCCAGAGCUGAAGGCAUCCACAUCUACGCCAUCGGUAUCGGUCUGACGGACACCACAGAGUUGGACGGCAUCGCCAGCAAGCCGGUGGACGAGAACCGUUUUGCUGUCCAAGAGUUCAGUGAGCUGAGAGUGCUGAGAGACAAGGUCUUCUCAGCGUUUUGUGCUAUACCAUCUUCAAAAGCUCCAACACCACCCCCAAUUACACUUCCUCCAAUUAAAAAAGGAUGUGACGAAGCAGAGAUAGAUCUUGUCUUCGUCCUGGAUGCCUCCACCAGUGUCACAGAACCUAACUUCCAGCUCAUGAAGGACUUCGUCAAAGAUUUCCUCCUCAUUGCUGACAUCGAUAACGGCAACGUUAGAGUCGGAGUCGUCAUCUACAGCACUGAGGUCUUCAUCCAGUUCCAGCUCAACUCUUACAGCAGCAAGGCGGAGGUCUUCAACGCCAUCGACAACAUCCCUUACCGUCAUGGCAGCACCAACACGGCCGGUGGUCUUCAAGCGAUGAGGUCGCAGAUGUUCACACCUGCUAACGGCGAUCGUGCAAACGUCCCCAACAUCGCCAUCGUGGUGACAGACGGUGUGUCCAACAUCAACUCUCGACGCACCAUCCCUGAAGCCGAACAGGCCAGAGCUGAAGGCAUCCACAUCUACGCCAUCGGUAUCGGUCUGACGGACACCACAGAGUUGGACGGCAUCGCCAGUAAGCCGGUGGACGAGAACCGCUUUGCUGUGCAAGAGUUCAGUGAACUGAGAGUGUUGAGAGACAAGGUGUUCUCCGCCUUCUGUGCUGUACCAUCGACCCGAGCACCAACUCCUCCACCGAUCACUUUGCCGCCAAAAAUCAAAGGAUGUGACGAAGCAGAGAUCGAUCUUGUCUUCGUCCUGGAUGCCUCCACCAGUGUCACAGAACCUAACUUCCAGCUCAUGAAGGACUUCGUCAAAGAUUUCCUCAUCAUUGCUGACAUCGAUAACGGCAACGUUAGAGUCGGAGUCGUCAUCUACAGCACUGAGGUCUUCAUCCAGUUCCAGCUCAACUCUUACAGCAGCAAGGCGGAGGUCUUCAACGCCAUCGACAACAUCCCUUAUCGUCAUGGCAGCACCAACACCGCUGGUGGUCUCCAAGCGAUGAGGUCGCAGAUGUUCACACCUGCCAACGGCGAUCGUGCAAACGUCCCCAACAUCGCCAUCGUGGUGACAGACGGUGUGUCCAACAUCAACUCUCGACGCACCAUCCCUGAAGCCGAACAGGCCAGAGCUGAAGGCAUCCACAUCUACGCCAUCGGUAUCGGUCUGACGGACACCACAGAGUUGGACGGCAUCGCCAGCAAGCCGGUGGACGAGAACCGCUUUGCUGUGCAAGAGUUCAGUGAACUGAGAGUGUUGAGAGACAAGGUCUUCGCCGCCUUCUGUGGACAACCAGCAACUCCAGAGCCAACUCCUCCUCCACUGACAUUGCCUCCAGCCCUCAAAGGAUGUGACGAGGUAGAGAUCGAUCUAGUCUUUGUCCUGGAUGCCUCCACCAGUGUCACAGAACCUAACUUCCAGCUCAUGAAGGACUUCGUCAAAGACUUCCUCCUCAUUGCUGACAUCGAUAGAGGCAACGUUAGAGUCGGAGUCGUCAUCUACAGCACUGAGGUCUUCAUCCAGUUCCAGCUCAACUCUUACAGCACAAAGGCAGAAGUCUUCAACGCCAUCGACAACAUCCCUUAUCGCCAUGGCAGCACCAACACGGCUGGUGGUCUCCAAGCGAUGAGGUCGCAGAUGUUCACACCUGCCAACGGUGACCGACCUGGAGUGAAGAACAUCGCCAUCGUGGUGACUGACGGUGUGUCCAACAUCAACUCUCGACGCACCAUCCCUGAAGCCGAACAGGCCAGAGAUGAAGGCAUCCACAUCUACGCCAUCGGUAUCGGUCUGACGGACACCACAGAGUUGGACGGCAUCGCCAGCAGACCCGUGGACGAGAACCGCUUUGCUGUGCAAGAGUUCAGUGAACUGCGAGUGCUGAGAGACAAGGUGUUCUCUGCCUUUUGCGGUUACCAACCUCCAGAACCAGAACCUACGCAACCUCCAAUAAGGAUACCACCUGAACGUAAAGGUUGUGAUGAGGUUGAGAUAGACUUGGUCUUCGUCCUGGACGCCUCCACCAGUGUCACAGAACCUAACUUCCUCCUAAUGAAAGACUUCGUCAAAGAUUUCCUUUACAUUGCUGGCAUUGACAACGGCAACGUUCGAGUCGGAGUCGUCAUCUACAGCACUGAGGUCUUCAUCCAGUUCCACCUCAACUCUUACAACACCAAGGCGGAAGUCUUCGACGCCAUUGACAACAUCCCUUAUCGUCAUGGCAGCACCAACACCGCUGGUGGUCUCCAAGCGAUGAGGACACAAAUGUACACACCUGCCAACGGUGACCGUCCUGACGUCCCCAACAUCGCCAUCGUGGUGACAGACGGUGUGUCCAACAUCAACUCUCGACGCACCAUCCCUGAAGCUGAACAGGCCAGAGCUGAAGGCAUCCACAUCUACGCCAUCGGUAUCGGUCUGACGGACACCACAGAGUUGGACGGCAUCGCCAGUAAGCCGGUGGACGAGAACCGGUUUGCUGUGCAAGAGUUCAGUGAACUGAGAGUGUUGAGAGACAAGGUCUUCGCAUCGUUUUGUGACUACCAGGCUCCUCCAACAGAAGGGACCCCACCACCACCAGUAAUAACCCUCCCACCUGUCAUUGAAGGUUGUGACAAGGCUAAGAUUGACUUGGUCUUCGUCCUGGACGCCUCCACCAGUGUCACAGAACCUAACUUCCAGCUCAUGAAGGACUUCGUCAAAGACUUCCUUUUCAUUGCUGGAAUUGACAACGGCAAUGUUCGAGUCGGAGUCGUCAUCUACAGCACUGAGGUCUUCAUCCAGUUCCACCUCAACACUUACAACACCAAGCUGGACGUCUUCAACGCCAUCGACAACAUCCCUUAUCGCCAUGGCAGCACCAACACGGCUGGUGGUCUCCAAGCGAUGAGGACACAAAUGUACACACCUGCCAACGGUGACCGUCCAGACGUCCCCAACAUCGCCAUCGUGGUGACAGACGGUAUCUCCAACAUCAACUCUCGACGCACCAUCCCUGAAGCCGAACAAGCCAGAGAUGAAGGCAUCCACAUCUACGCCAUCGGUAUCGGUCUGACGGACACCACAGAGUUGGACGGCAUCGCCAGCAGACCUGUGGACGACAACCGUUUUGCUGUCCAAGAGUUUAGCGAACUGAGAACACUAAGAGACAGGGUGUUCUCUGCCUUCUGCCCAGGCUACCAGCCACCAGCAACUACAGGUGCAGCAACUGCCGCUCGCAUCACGCUUGCGCCACCUAGCGACGGAUGCACCCUCACCAGAACCGACCUGGUCAUCGUCAUUGACACCUCCACCAGCGUCACCGAGGCGAACUUUGCCAAGGUCAAGAGUUUUGUCAAAGACUUCCUGUCCAACACCGACAUCGACUCUGGCAACGUGCGCGUCGGCAUCGUCAUCUACAGCACGGAGGUUUCCGUUCAGUUCCAACUGAAUGAAUACCGCAAUAAGAGAGACAUCAUGAGUGCAGUAGACCGCAUCCCCUACAUGAUCGGCAGCACCAACACCGCUGAUGGCAUCCGAGUCAUGAGGACUGAUAUGUUCACGCCCGUUAACGGGGACCGAGCAGACGUCCCUAACGUUGCCAUCGUUAUCACAGAUGGCGUGUCGAACAUCAACAGCGCGCGCACCGUGCCGGAAGCACAAGCAGCGCAUUCCGAGGGCAUCCACGUCUACGCCAUCGGCGUGGGUCUGACGGACACCCGGGAGCUGGACGCCAUCGCCACGCCACCCGCCUCCAGGAACAGCUUCGCCGUCAACGACUUCGACGAACUGAACUUCCUCUACCAACGCAUCUUCGCCUCCGCAUGUCCAGGUGUCUUCACCUUCCCGCCAUCAACCACACCAACAACAACUCCUAAACCAACUACAACCACUACUAAAGCACCAACUACAACCACUACACCAACAACUACUACCACAAGGACCACUCCAACCCCAAGAACCACAACCACUACCACCCCAAGAACCACAACUACCACAACCCCAAGAACCACAACUACCACAACCCCAAGAACCACCACCACCCCAAGACCUACAACCACGACAACUCGAAGAACGACCACAACUACUACAAGAACUACCACAACCAGGACAACAACUACACCAAGAACUACAACUACACGACUCACGACCACCACCACUCCUCGCCGCCGGCCAAAUUACAAAGACACCGGGACAGACUUGGUCUUCAUGCUCGACUCGUCAGUCAACGACCAAAUCUUCGGGUGGAUGAAGAACUUUGUGCGCAGGUUCGCUGGCCAGGUGCCUGUGGACGAUGGCGAUUACCGCAUCGGCGCCAUGACUUUCAGCAACUCACCCAGCGUCCAGUUCCACCUCAACCGAUACCACUUCCAGGACGAGGUUCUCAACGCCGUCAAUGACCUCCGCACUCGCCGGGGUCGCGUGGACACCGCCCGCGCCUUUGAUUACGUGCGCCAAACCAUGUUCUCCUCCGCCAACGGCGACCGGCCUCGCGCCCGCAACUACAUCGUGUUGCUGACGGGCAACGAGCGCAGCCAGGACACCCCCCAGACCUUCGCCGCUGCCGAGCGCCUCAAGGACCUGGGUGUCGGCAUCUAUACCGUGGGCAUCAACCUCCGCGACACCACCGAGAUCGACUCCGUGUCAUCCAAGCCGCUUGAGACCUUCCAGACACUCAUCAACUCAGAGCGACAGUUGGAGGAGAUUCCGGGCAUCUACAAGGCCAGUAUGGAGAGCGCCCCAGAACCAACUACAAGGUUAACAACAACGACGACGAGAGCAACCACCACGACGACGCCCAGAGUCACUCGGCCCAUUCCGGCAUUACCCGUGACCUGCGACUCCACAGGGGACGUCACCUUUAUCCUGGAUUCCUCUGGCAGCGUGGGUGAGGAGAACUUUGACCGACUGAGAAACUUCACCAUCGCAGCCGUCAGAGACCUGGAGAUCGACAACGGCUUCUUCCGGGUGGCGGUCGUCACAUUCAGUGACUCAGCCACCGUCAACUUCUACCUCAACACCUACUUCAACAAGCAGGAGAUAAUCAACGCCAUCCGUAGCAUCCCCUACGACUAUGGCUACACGCACACCGCGCAUGCGCUGAGGAGAACACGCACCGAGAUCUACAACGUCCUCAACGGCGACAGAGCCACCGUACCCAACUUGGUGGUCAUCGUGACGGACGGCGAGUCCAACAUCAACCCGCAGGAGACGCUACCCGAGGCGGCGCGCAUCAAGCGGGAUGGCACCACCAUCAUCACCGUCGCCGUCGGUCUGUCGUCCAACGCCGAGCUCACCGGCCUCACAUCGCCGCCCGUCAGCGAGAACCUCAUCUACGUCGACGACUACGAGGCUCUGUAUCGUCUGUCUGCCGUCAUUGUGGCGCCGCUGUGCACUGAUCCUAACAUGUGUGAGAGGAACCCGUGCCAGAACGAGGCUGUGUGUGUUGACGGCCUUCGCUCUUACAUGUGCAUCUGCCAGCCAGGUUACUAUGGCGACAACUGUGAGAAGCGCUGCGGCCCCAAGACUGACGUCGUCUUCAUCCUCGACUCGUCGUCGACGGUGGGCUGGGAGACGUUCAACCGCAUCAAGAUGUACGCCGAGAUUCUCAUGCGCUCCAUGAACGUGGAUUCCUGUGACAUCAACGUGGGCGCCAUGAAGUACAGCUCCGCCGCCAUGAUCCAGUUCAGGCUGGGCAUGUAUGACAACACGGAGAGUAUUUCCAGCGCCAUUAAUGCUAUCGGCUACACGCAUGGCCGCGCCAACAUGGCCGACGCCCUGAGAGUCCUCAGAACUCAGAUGUUCAACGGCCGCAACGGCGACCGACCGGACGCCAAGAACGUCGCCUACCUCCUGACAGACGGCAGCACUGAGAUCAACAGGGACAUCACCCUCUCCGAGGCCGACCUCAUCAUUGACGCCGGCGUCAGGUUGAUUCCCCUGGUGGUCACGGAGCGCGACCGCGAGGAUGUGGAGCAGGUGGAGCAGAUCGCCAGCGCUCAGGGCAUGCAGCUGCUGUCCAUCGAGAGCGAGACCCGCCUGCAGGAGAUGAGCGACCAGGUGCUGCAGGCCAUGUUCGACCGUGAAGGAGAGGGGGAGAACAGGUGCGUACCCAGCCCAUGCCAAAACGGAGGAUCCUGCAUCAAUGAACCACUCGGCUACAGGUGCGAGUGCACCAUUGGGUUCACGGGAGACAACUGCGAACAAGAAUGCAGUGCGCAGGCGGAUGUGGUCUUCCUGGUGGACUCCUCGCGCUACAACACACGUGAAUCCAUACGCACCAUCAAGCGGUUCACCCGCGACAUAGUCAAGCGCAUGGCCUUCAGGGGAGGCAACUUCCGAGUGGGCGUGGUGGCUUUUGGCGCCAACGCACAGACCUUGCUGACUUUUGCUGAAGGAGACGACAAGCGAGCUGUCAAGACUGUCAUUGGCAGCAUCAGGCCUCUCCCUGGCGACCCUAACCUGAACAUAGCGGUCCAGCGGGUGGACGUUGACAUAAUCGGACGACUGGGUGACCGCGAGUAUGUGCCCAACUACCUCGUCAUCAUCACCACCAGUGUGGGCGCCGACGCCGUGGAUGCCAUCAACACUCUCAAGAGGAAGGGCACAAGGGUCAUCGGCGUCGGCAUCGACCUGUCCAACUCAGACAGGAUGUACCUGGAAUCAGCCGUCUCUCAGCCGACCAAAGAAAUGAUGUUCCUGGUACCCGAUGCCGUCAACCUGGAGACACUCACCAACGACUUCGUCAGCUUCGUGUGCGAAGAGAAGAACUUGUGCGCCGAGAACCCGUGUCGCAACGGCGGCGAGUGUGUCAACGGCGAAAAGGACUACGUCUGCGAGUGUCGACGUGGCUUUGCCGGCAAAAACUGCGAAAGAUCGUGUUCGGACCGUGCUGAUAUUGUCUUCUUACUCGACAUGAGUGGCAGUGUGGGAUACGACAACUUCCGCAGGAUAAAGGACUACGUCUACUACAUGGUGGAGAACUUUAACAUCGGCCCCGACGCCACUCAGGUGGGCGUGGCUACCUUCAGCCAGAGCGCGCGUGCGCAGUUCUACCUUGACGAGUUCCGGGACAAGCGGAAGCUGCAGAACGCCAUUUCCGCCAUAGGCUACGAGUAUGGCAACACAAACACUGCCGCGGGACUGAAGCUGGUGCGGGCGGGCAUGUUCUCUGGUCGCCGUGGUGACAGACUCGGAAUACCGGACUACGCUAUCGUCAUUACUGAUGGUCUGUCCAACGUGAACGCGGAGCAGACGAUACCGGAAGCUGAGCUGGCGCGCAAGCAAGGCAUCCACAUCUUCGCCAUCGGAGUCGGUAUAUCGGACCCAUGGGAGCUGCGCGCCAUGGCCUCAGAACCCGCCGACAGCAACGCCUUCCUCCUCAACGAUUUCACCGACCUGUGGAACAUCUCCUCACAGCUCAUCGACGCCACGUGCAAAGAUGCUGGUGUGUGCUCGCCGAACCCUUGCCAGAACGGCGGCACGUGUGUUCCAGGUGUGGGCAAAUACAUCUGUCAAUGCCGCGUCGGCUUCCUGGGCAAUGACUGCGAGCUGAACUGCCAAGCCAGCAAGGAUAUCUGUAUCGUUCUCGACUCUAGCACCAGCGUGGGUCCCGGCAACUUUGAGCUGAUGAUUGAGUACGUCAAGGCGUUGGUCAAAGACCUUACGGGCGGCGGUCAGGACCAUCGCUUCUCCCUCAUCACCUACAGCACGGAAGUGAAGACCAUCUUCUCUUUCAACAGAUACCCUCAGCCACAGCAAGUGCUGGACGCCAUCAGCACCACAAGGUACACCCCAGGCUCCACCAACACGGCUGGUGGUUUGCGCCAGGCCCGUGAGAUGUUCCAGCCUUCCUUCGGCGACCGGCCCUCCGCCGAUAACUUGGUCAUCCUGCUGACCGAUGGGCAGUCUAACGUCAACUUCUACGACACCAUUCCCUCGGCCAGAGACCUCAAGUCGGACGGCGUGACCAUCAUCGGCAUCGGUAUCGGCCUGAGCAACGCCGACGAGCUCAAUGCCAUCGCGUCCGGCCCCACCGACGUCUUCCAGGUGGCCACCUUCGAGGCGCUGGACGACAUCAAGGCCGAGAUAGUAUCGGGCUCGUGCCGACCUGUUGAGCGACCUGUUGAGCGACCACGAGAUGAUUUGGGCCGAUAGUCAGCGAACCACAGGGAACAAAGCAGCGCAGCCUGAACACGCCUCUCCACGUACCGCAGUCUGCCAGCACCCACCACUUCACCGCUAACAGUUAACGUGCUCACCCAUCCCGAUCGCACGUCUCUCUCUCUCACACAUACAUACCCUCCUCCCACUCACAUUCCCCACCCCUUACACACACAUCAACACACUUGCUAACACUCUGCAGCCUUGCAACUGAAGCUGUCAACGCUGGACUGUACCUGCACAUCCCCACAGCUGUACAUGCAGGACCCCAUCCUUCUCUCCCAGCCCGUCGUGUUUGAAGCCUAAGCGUGAAAGACGAGUUCACUGGUGGUCAAGCGCUCUUCACUAUCUUACACAUUUUGUCGAGUUCUCUAGGCGCACUGUACCUUCCUGUAAAUAAUUAAGCACACCAUUAAAAAAAAAGCAAAGAGUUCCAGACGACAACUCCUUGACUCUAAAGACACCGGAAGUACAGACGGAAUACAGAAUGGCUGUUUCCUAAGGCAUGCGCUGUCCUCUUGCGGGUGUCCACAGGCAUAUUCUCUAGAACAAGGACACAAGGGAGAGAUAGCACUACCUCGAAGGUUUGCUUGAAUGGCAGUUUUAUGGUGCUACACCUGUAUCGAUAUGUUCUUCUUCUGUCGUUCAUUUUUUCCCCCUUGCUGUUCUAGUUGUGCUCUGAGGCUUUUAAAAGUGUGCUUGAACUAAAAUCUGUGAUUUUAGACUUGUUCCUGUACCAUUUAGGUAUACAUUUAUUUGCACACAUGAAUGUGAGAAACUUAAAGAGGCUGAAUGAAAAAGUAGUUCUUUGGGGUUUUUUUCUUUUUACAUUUUUGUACAACACUUGGUUUGAUAUUAAUUUCUCUGUUUGUGUAAACCAGCAGACUUAUGAAAAUAUACUAUUUUUAAAUCUG